CAGGAACAUGGUUCAGCACUAGCAGCCCCCAGGGCUGUAGGACAGACUCCUGCCACCACCACCGAUGUUAAUAAAGAGCUGGAGCUCCGGCCGGACGAGAUGAGCUCCAGCUGCCCUGGCUUGCCCCAGUAAUGAUUUACCAGCCGGGGGGAGCCACUCCCCGCCUCCACCCCGCGGACCUUGGAGCCGGGGCCUGGCUGCACUGUGGCUCCUCUCCACAGAAGAUGUUUUCCCUGGGGUCCUGGCUGCCGGCGCUGCCCGGGCUGGCGUGGGGCUGGGCACUGCUGGAUGCGCUGCUGCAAGGGCUGGUGGGUGCCUGCGCCGUCUCGGUGCUCUGCAGCCUCCUGAAGGUUUAUCUCUACAUCCAGUGUGCAAAUAACCCCGAGAGGCAGGCGGAGAAGGAGGUGAUGGCGGCGCGGCGGCCGCUGCUGGAGCCGCUGCAGGUGCUGGUGCUGACGGCUCUGCUGGCCCUGGUGGGCUCCCGUGUGGCCGCCCUGGUGGUGCUGGAGUUCUCCCUGCGCGCCGUCUGCACCAUCCUCUCCCUCGGCAAGGGCGCCCACAGCAGCCAGCUCUACCUGCUGUGCCAGUACUCCCUGGGCUGCGGCGUGUCCUGCGGCCUCACCUUCCUGCUGGAGGGGGCUCCGCACCGCACCUGGAACCUGGCGCUGGCGGCGGGGCUGGCGGGGCUGCUGGCGCUGCACGCCCGGCGCCUGGCCCGCCACGUCUGCGCCCUGUUCGAGCUGCACAGCCGGCAGCGCUACUGCGGCCUGUGCCUGCUGCUGCUGCCCGCGGGCCACGGCAUCCCGCGCCUGCUGCGCAACGCCCUGGGCCUCACCUUCGCCGUGGCCGACCUGGCCGCCGUGGAGCUCAUCAACCGCGAUUUCCUCUCCACGGGCGAGGCCGUGCGCUUCUGGACGCCGCUGAGCAUCUGCUACACCCUGCUGGUCGUCUACAUGCAGGAGGAGUCCCGGCAGAGCACGGGCAGGGGGGCGGCGUUCCGGACCGUGCUGGUGAGGAUGGGCGGCCUCUUCAUCCUCCUCCUCACCGUGGGCCGAUGGACCGACAUCCUGCACGUCUUGGUGUCGCUGCUGGGGGAGCUCUGGUGCCUGCUGCACUCCGGGGCGCUGCUGGAGUCCUGCUGCAGGCAGGAUUUUGCCCAGCAGCCUCGCCUGGAUCGUCGGGCAGGAUCCGGAUCGGGGGAGACGUCCCGAUGAGGAACCGGACAGCAGAAACUCGGGGUGGCUUCGCCGGGCACCCCAGAAUCCCCCAUCAUGGAUCCCCCGUGGGGACUGAGGAAAAAAGGGCUCCUGGAAGAUGUCCAACCCCAAAAAGAGCUCCUGGACAGCGUCCAACCCCAAAAAGGGCUCCUGGAAGGCGUCCAACCCCAAAAA